UGUGUGUGUGUGUGUAUUGAACAGUCAUCAGCUUCUGAGACAAACUGAAACGUGCGGUCGAUCUGACAUCGUUUUAUCUGAAUGUGGUGUUGUCGAGCGGACGGAAUAGCUUGUGUUUGUGUCUGUGCUGCAUGUGGUUGAAUGGCGUCUUCCUGGCCUUGUGACGGGAACCACAGGCUUUUUCUUUUGAUAUAGAUAAACUAGGUAAAGUAGUUCGUUUGUCAAUACUGUUUAACGCUAGGUUGCCAAAGGCUAUGUAAUAUUUUAUAGAGAAACACUUUAACCUUUACAAGAAAUCGUACGUUUGUAGGUUGCAGUUUGCACACUAGUAAAGUAAAAUAUCGAUAUUGUUUUAAUAUCCGAACCCUUAACACGAUUGGCUGUCGUGAAUUAUAAAGAGAAGACACGCUUCUAUUGUACUUUCUAUGGUUAAAUAUGUAGGCUAAGUAGGAGAAAUAAAACCAGCCCCAUCUGCACGCCCCGGGGAGGAUGUAAAAUAAGGGAGGAUUCGCACUUGGCCACCAUUUCAAGUGAUGCUCUCUCAGAAAGCACAGCAAACUGCUGAUAAAAAUGCUUCAUGGGUUUGUUUGCUUUGGUUUGUGCUUCUGGCGCAUUGUCGGUAUGUUUGGUGCUGAGGCAGAUGAGAUCGUGUCAUUGUCGGUGAUGGAGGGCGAUUCUGUCACGCUGAAGACUGGUGUGACCAAAAUACAAGAGGACGAUCUGAUAAUGUGGAUGAGCGGAAACUACUCUAUCGCUAAACUCAGCAUAUCAUCCCAAGUCAUCUCUGAAACUCACGACACGUUCAGAGGCAGACUGAAGCUGGAUGAUCAGACCGGGUCCCUCACCAUCACAAACACGAGAACCACAGACUCCGGACUUUACAAAGCGCAGAUGAUUGGACAGCAAGUGUCAAAGAAAACGUUCAAUGUUGCCGUCGUAGCUAGUCUUCCCGUUCCUGUCCUCGCCAGUUACUGUCCUCAAAAUCCUUCAUCGGGAUCAUCCAGAUGUUUGCUGCUGUGUUCGGCGGUGAACGUGGGUCACGUGACUCUCUCCUGGUACAAAGGAGACAGUUUAUUGUCCAGCAUCAGUGUGUCUGAUCUCAGCAUCAGUCUCUCUCUACCUCUGGAGGUGGAACAUCAGGAUAAAAACACCUACAGCUGUGUGAUCAACAACCCCAUCAGAAACCAGACCACACAUCUGGACUUCAGUCAGCUCUGUCAGCCAUGUUCAGAAUGCGUCUGCUGUUGUAAUUCUACUGAAGCUGUGAUCCAGUUGGUCCUCUCUGCUCUGGUGGGCGUGGCUACUGCUGUUGUUCUGGUUUAUGACAUCAGAUCCAGAAGAGCUGAACAGAAAAGAAGAGCACUGAAAUCAUUAUCAGAUAAUAACUGACUUACUGUAACAGAAAUUAAAUCCUAUUAUAUAUAUAUAUAUAUAAUUUUGUAAAUGCACUGUAAUACUCAAUAGCUUCUAAUUCAACUAAUUGUGCAAUCAUAUUUUCACCUAACAUUCGUUUCCGAAUUAAAACAAACCAAAUCAAACCCCUCUUCUCUUUUCUGCUUACUAAACACUUUCUUCUGUUUUUGUGGUCUGGAAGGUAGCGGGCCUGUUCUCUGUCAACAUCUAGGCUAAGCACUGACAGGAAGUUGGUUAGUUUCACAAAGAGCUUGCCCUUUAGUGGCAGCACAUUCUGUCUGUAAUACUGUUAGCCACAACGUUCAGAAAGUUAUCUGCGUGUCCUCGGCCAAGCCAGGAACGUUUUGAACUUUUGCGGCACUUACGCAUCUUUGUUCGAGAACCAAGUUUACUUUUUAGCAACCCUCAAUAAAACUCUUUUCUGGUAGGUCGAGUCCUGUUGUCUUUAUGUGUUACAUAACCUACUUUCUUAAAGGGCGCUUAUUCACCCAACACAGCUAAUGCACCUAGGUCACUGGUGCUAAUUGGAGAUUAUGAUGAUUGUCACAGAUAUUUGUUUUCGUAUUGUUUUAAUAAUGCCAUGCAAUGCUUUCCUUCCUACAGAAUUUGGAAAACAAUGGUUAAAUAGCUUUUCUAUUGUGCAUUC